AUGACAGCCAUGGCAAGUAGUUUACGAUGGACCCUGGCAGCAUGCUUACUCCUAUCCGCCUUAGCGCUCGUGGCGUGCAAGCCGCCGCCGCGGCCGGUGCAGGUGAACAACCAGAUCUGGAUCAAGGGCUUCGGGCCCAUACAGGGCACGGGGUGCCCUGGCUUCACUAACGUCUCCGCGUUCUACGGCGUGCCUUACGCCCUGCCGCCCAUUGGCAAGCUGCGGUUCGCGGCGCCCGUGAUGUGGGACAAGCAAUACCCGUUCCCCUACAGACGCGCCGAUACGCCCCCGCCCAAGUGCCCGCAACCGUACCGGGCGGUCACUGACAACAUCCGGGAGGACUGUCUGUACAUGAACAUCUUCACGCCGGCGAACGCGACGGCGAGCAGCACGGCGGUGCGCGUGCUGUUCCACGGCGGGUGGUUCUACAAGGGGUCGGCGUCCGACGACUUCGUCAACGGCUGCCAGUCCGUCGCCGAGACCAACACCACGCUCGUCAUCGUGCAGUACCGCCUCGGCGCGCUCGGCUUCCUCGCGCACCCCUCCACCUUCUCCGAGGGCGAAACCACUGGCAACUGGGGGCUGCUGGACCAGCAGAUGGCGCUCAAGUGGAUUUCCAAGUACAUCGGGUACUUCGGCGGUAACUCGUCCGUGCAGAUCAUGGGCCACAACGCAGGCGCGGUGAGCGUGAUGCUGCACAUGGUGAGCCCGCUCUCCAAGGACCUCUUCACCUCCGCUGUCGCCUCCAACGGCGCUGCCAUCCCGCUCUUCACGCAGAACAGGGCGUACGACUCGACCUACACCCUCGCUGAGGCGCUCAACUGCCCCCUCGACCCCGAGACCCAACUCGAGUGCCUGCGACAGACGCGGUGGCAGGACAUAGUGGCGAAGACGCCGGUGGUGAAGGACAUAUACCGGCAGCAGCGGCGCAUCUUCUACCCGUGCAUCGACGGCAAGGUCAUCCCGCAGCAGCCGCUCGACAUGCUGUCCAACGGCCAGCUCAACCCCGCACCGCUGAUGAUGGUGACGAACAAGGACGAGGGGCGGCUGUACGUGCUCGAGUCGUUCGGCAAGUGGUGGCAGCUCAACGAGACCAGCGUCAAGACGUUCCUCGCCAACGUGUACCCGGGCGUCGACCCCGCGCAGAUCAUCCAGCACUACUGGAUCAAACUCUACGACAGUGUGUUGGAGCAGUACGCGGACAUGUGGACGGACAUAUACAUCAACUGCCCCGCAUACAAGACGCUCGUCGCGCUCUCCGCGUACCAGUUCCCGCCCUUCGACGAGUGCGCGUACCCCUCGCCGUUCUACAUGGGGUACGGCGCGCCGUGCAAGCUGCCCCUGCACCUCUACUACUUCGCCGUGCGCUCGCCGUGCCCCGCCGCCUCCAAGUUCCUCGGCGCCACCAGCAAGCGCGACCUGCCCUACUUCUUCAACCUUGAAGCCGCGCAGACCGGCUGCUCCUUCGACAAGAACGAGACAGCACUGGCAUACGACACAACGUAUGCCAUGGGCACGAUGGCCAAUCUGGGCAAGCCCAUGUUCGCCAACAACACGCCGUGGGUCUACUGGACGCCCGAGGCGCAGACAGCCAUGGUGGCCGACCGCUCCAUGGGGUACCUGGGCUACAAGACGAUUGACUUUGCCACCAAGUGCGCUGUGUAUGACAACCUCGUGCGUCCGCCGCCCGCCAGCCCUAAGAUUCCGCGCCUCUCGCCUGGGUUUGGGCCUGUGAUUCCCGGGAAUGCCGGAAGAGGAAGCUUGGUUGAUAGAGAGCCAAAUUUUCCGACAGAAGCGAUUGAUGGGUGUAGAGGAAUGCUUUCCUGA